AUUUGGACUAAUUUAGCUUCAGAAAAUCAGAGAAAAUUAAUCACCAAAGUUAAUUUUAAUUGUCAUUUGUUGUUGUGUUUAAGUUGCGUCAAACUUUUAGUCUCUUACAUUAAUUCAGUAUAUAAGCUUGGAAAUUUAAUAACAUCGUAUCAGUUGAUUGAAUUUGAUUGUUGACUAAACUCUACUGAAUUUAAAUUAAGUUAAUUGUUACUUUAACUGUGAUUAUCUAAUCAUCUUCAUUAUGGCUAAUCGAGGUGCUUGCUAUGGAUCUGCUGCUCAAGUUCAAUGUAAAUUGACCAAUAAACGUGAUAAUGAACUGGAAUCAGAAAUUCUCAUGUGGAUGUCCGAUAUAAUUGGUGAACCUUUACCUCAGGGUGAAAUUGGUGAUGUCCUUCGUAAUGGUGUUUAUCUUUGCAAACUAAUGAACCGAUUAGAUCCAAGUACAUGUACUAAAAUCAAUGUGACCAAUGCUCCAUUUAAAAUAAUGGAAAACAUUGACCACUUUCUGAGAGCAGCUCGUAAAUAUGGAGUAGCCGAAAUUGACCUUUUCCAAUCGGUUGACUUAGUAGAGAAACGGAAUAUUCCCUGUGUGGUUCAGUGCAUCAUGGCCUUAGGUCGAUGUGGUUACCUACACCCCGAGUUUCGAGGACCCUAUUUAGGACCUAAACCCGCUGAGGAGUCUCGAAGAGAGUUCAGUGAGGAAACAAUUAACGCCGGUAAAACUGUUAUCAACCUACAGUAUGGUUCCAAUAAAGGUGCUACUCAACAAGGUCUAAAUUUUGGUAAUUUCCGACACAUGUAAUGACACAAUUAACUUUUUUCCUUUUCUCAUUUCAUUGUAAUCAUAAUACAGCCAAAGACUUUGAGUUUGCAACCACUUUUUAAAUCAUCCACGAAGUCAAUGAUAUGCAAAUAAAGAUAACUUUUGAUAUCCAAUCAGUUGACCAUUUUAAGACUACACCAAUUAAAUUAGUGGACAGACUUAUCAUCAUAUCUUUGGGUUAACUGUAUCUCUCAUUGAUUAUAUUCAACUGCGUUAAUGAUUUAGAAAGUGGUUGCAAACUCAAAGUCUUUGGCUGUAUAAUUGUGAAAAAAGAGUUAAAUUAUUUCUCAUAACCUCAACAAUUAACUUUCUGUAUCAAUGUGAUAUUGUAUCAACCAAUUAAUUGUAAUUAAAAGUUAAACAUCGAACCAAAAGAUUAAC